UUCCAUUCCAUUUCCUUCCUCCGUCCAGGGUUUUCUUGCUCUUGUUCGCCUUCUAGAGGAAAGCGUUCGGUCUCUCAUCGACUUUUUGCCUUCUUUUUAUUCCUCCGGGCUCGAUUGCUUCUCUCGUUUUCCCGUCUAAUUCUCCUUCUGAAUCGUGUUUUCAUGGCUCGUAUCCUCGGAAGCCUUCUCCUGUUUGCUCUUCAUUUUGAUGCCUAAAUCGGCAGGGCUGCCGAUCGUUCUUGUGGAGGGUUGCCGAACCGAUCCACCGCUGGAGUUUCUUUAGGCGUGUUGGCCCAAUUCCUUUUCCCGAUUUCUUUAGGUGGGUUUGUUUUUGUGAAACGGGCUGAAUUCGGGGGAGGACUUGGCGAGAUCUAGGGCUUUUCGUCUACCUUUGGGUUUGAUGUGGAGACUUUUCCGAGGGAUUUGGAAUUUUAGGGAUAUUUGAUCGAACAUGGAAGUGGAAUCGGUGGGGGAUGUCGCGUCGCUCGAUCCUGACUUGCUCCAGUUGCCAGAGCUGUCGACGGUUGCCCUGAAGUCGAACCUUUACAUGGUGGAUGAGCUCUUCUCCCAGUUUCUCUCGAUCCCGGAGACUGGUCGCUUGGUAAAAUCAUUGCUGGAUGAUGCAAAGGCGGGUAUUAGCUUGAGUGUCUCAGGCACUUCUAGUAGCUCAAAUUCUUCUCCAACAAAUUCUUUGCCCUCGAUAUUUCCUGCUGGCAGUGUACCACCUCUUUCUCCAAGAAGUACCUCUGGUUCUCCACGUGCUGCAAAGCGACAUGCAGCUGGGCUAUCUAAUCUAGGUUCUCCACUGAAAUUGGUCAGUGAGCCUGUCAGGGAAUUCAUACCGCAGUUCUAUUUCAAGAAUGGACGACCACCUCCAAGUGAAUUGAAGGAACAGUGCCUUUUUAAAGUCAAUGAACUGUUCUGUGGUCAUUAUGAUGGACUCCAUGUUCAAGAAUUUAAACCUCUGACAAGGGAGGUGUGCAAACUGCCGUCUUUUUUUUCUAGCACCAUUUUUAAAAAGAUUGAUGUUGAAGGUCUGGGGUUUAUAACAAGGGACCAGUUUAUUGAUUACUGGAUCAAUAGUAAUAUUUUGACAAUGGAUUUUCCUACCCAAAUUUUUAGAGUUCUGAAGCAACCUGGUCAGAAUUUUCUUACUCAGGAGGACUUCAAGCCAGUUCUUCGAGAGCUUUUGGCCACUCAUCCAGGGUUAGAGUUUCUUCAGGGAACACCUGAAUUUCAAGAGAGAUAUGCUGAAACUGUAAUAUACAGAAUAUUUUACUAUAUGAAUCGAUCUGGUAAUGGUCAUCUUACAUUAAGGGAGCUGAAGCGUGGGAAUCUGAUUGCUGCAAUGCAGCACGUUGAUGAUGAAGAAGAUAUCAACAAAGUACUGAGAUAUUUUUCUUAUGAACAUUUCUAUGUGAUAUAUUGCAAAUUCUGGGAGCUUGACACAGAUCAUGACUUCUUGAUCGAUAAGGAGAAUCUUGUUAGAUAUGGUAACCAUGCUCUGACUUACAGGAUCGUGGAUAGGAUAUUUUCACAGGUUUCCAGAAAGUUCAAAAGUAAUGUUGAAGGAAAGAUGGGGUAUGAGGACUUUGUGUACUUCAUGUUGGCAGAAGAGGACAAAUCUUCCCAGCCUAGUCUUGAGUAUUGGUUUAAGUGUAUAGAUUUGGACGGUAAUGGAGUGCUCACCGCUAAUGAAAUGCAGUUCUUUUAUGAGGAGCAGCUACACCGCAUGGAGUGUAUGGCCCAGGAACCAGUUCUUUUUGAGGACAUUUUGUGCCAAAUGGUUGACAUGAUUUGUCCUGAGAAUGAGAGUUGUUUUACUCUCAAAGAUCUCAAACGUAGCAAGCUUUCGGGCAAUAUUUUCAAUAUCCUGUUCAACCUCAACAAAUUUAUGGCAUUUGAAACUCGGGACCCAUUUCUUAUCCGUCAGGAAAGGGAGGAUCCAACAUUGACCGAGUGGGACCGUUUUGCUCAUCGAGAAUAUAUCAGACUGUCCAUGGAAGAAGAUGGAGAAGAUGCUUCUAAUGGAAGUGCAGAGGUUUGGGAUGAAUCGCUUGAGGCUCCAUUUUGAUCGGCAAAGUCCCAAAUUUGUUGGCGUGGAGAAGCUCUCAGGCAUGAAAAAUUUCAAAAACAUGAAUGCACUUGACAAAUGGCACCUUUGGCAGAAGACUUGCACAUUAAAAUGAUUACGAGUGGGGGCCUAGUCGUCUGACCCACUUCUCCAUUGGCAUCAAAGUGGAAAAGGAGAAUGAAAGAAUGGAUGUCCAAUUUAGUUGCUGAUUUUCUCACCAGCUUACACCAGGGAAGUGGGCAAUGUUCUACAGCAGCGCCUUGGAGAGCUGGCUUGCUUGUCACGAACAAGCAGGAUAGGAAUUAAACUUUUAUCCCCCCUCAUUCCACAGGUAAAAAUAGCAUCAACAGUGUUGGUCAAUUUUUUCUAGAAGUGAAUUUUGCUAUAUUAUUCUUCUUCCUCCUCACUUAACUCACACACGUGUCUACCUUUCUCUCUUCUUCACCCCCCCAACCACCACCAGUCCGCGAGUCUAUGCCUAUGCUAGCUUGUCUUUCUGAUCAUUGCCUUUUCUAUCUGUGAUCAGGUGAGUCUUUAUGUAAUUUUAAUGCCCUCUAUUAGUAGUUAUUUAAGUGGAGUUACCGGAAAGAAACGAUUGAUUUGCCUGUAUUCAUUACCUUUGUACUGUUCAUAGAAAUGCAGGUUCUCUUUCUUGUCAUGAAACAUUUCUCUGAUGCUUGUACCCUGUUGAAUUACAUUCAUUUGAUCCUGUGUUUUAGAGACCGUUACCCAGAUGUUUGA